CCGAGGGCGAAGAUCGACGAUGCUCUGGCCGAGAUCGCUCCCCGGAAAGAACCUAAGCGCCGGAUCCAAGCGCCAAUACCUACCGUAGAUCGAGAUGAGGAACUAUGGGUAGUCCGUUUUGACGGAUCCACCCGGGUCAAGCGCGGUGGGGGCGCGUUCAGCGCGAUUGUGUGGAGUCUUCCCGGAUGGGAGGUGGUCAAGGCCAGAUCAGGAUAUCUCGAGAAUCUCACGGUGAACGAAGCCGAGUAUAACGGCUUGAUCUCGGGCCUCGACAUGCUAGAGGGUUUAGAUCGAAGACGCCUGGUGAUCUGCGGGGACUCCAACCUAGUGAUCCGGCAAGUACGGGGGGAGAUCGAUUGUAAGGCACCCGGGCUGACGUUAUUGAAGCGGAAAGCCCUCGAUCGCCUAAGGAAAUGGAACGAUCACGAGUUGGUUCACGUCAAGAGGGACUGGAACGGAAGUGCCGACAGUCUGGCAAGCGCCGCUCUCCAGCGACAAAGGGGGAUCGAGGUCCAGGAGACGCCCGGCCACCAGGAUCUGCGGCAUGAAGAAGUAUCUAAGUGGCUCGAUCGCGGAUCUCACCCAAACGGAAUCAAGACCGUAUCGUAUGGUAAAAUCGCGGCUGACUACGAGGUGGACGAGCAGGAUCUACUCUUUUACUGCCCCCCUACGUCGAGAUCGGGAGAUGAUCGCGACCGAAUGAUGAGAUUGGUUGUGCCCGAAACGCUACAGUCGGACGUCUUACACCACUAUCACGCCACGUUGGAGGGAGGACAUCAAGGAGUAGGGCGCACCUACCAGCGGAUCAGGGAUCACUUCCAUUGGAGGGGAUUAUACCGAAGCGUCCAGCGGUACGUGAGGGAAUGCGUAGAUUGCGAGACAGGAAAAGGAAAACCGGUGAUCCGGGGUGAAUCACCUGGGAACUUGCGGGCGACGUACCCGUUCCAGAUUAUUGCGAUGGAUCACAUACCGUCGCUACCCAGACAAGGGGAACACUGA